AUGUCCAGCCUUACAGCCCAAGAAUCCUCUGCCAGCCAGCCCGACCUCCCCUCCAACCAAGGCACAACCGCGCAAACCGGCCCCGGGAAAGAUGACCCAAGCGUACCCUUCAAAGUUGGAAAUGAAGCUACUCGAGGCCUAGAUGCGAGCACAACUGACAAGACAACCUACGGCAAUAAUGCGAGUGGCACAAGCGAGGCGCGGAGGGGCGAGGAUCUAAGCUUCCAGCAGGAAGAGGAGGGAGAGGGGUUCGUGGGGAAGAAAACCGGGAGUGAGAGUUUGAUUGAUAGUGUUGAAGGGAGCGUGCAUGAGAGGGGGGAGGCUGAGCAUUCAAGGGCGAUGGGUUAG